AUGUCAGCUUACAUGCAGAUGGGGAUGGAAAGAGCCCUUCAUGUCAUGGACAGUUGUGAAUCCAUCACGCCCAAUCGUCUUCCAAUAUCUCUGCAUUUGCGCCUGGCUAUGGUUUCUAAUACAUUUUGCCUCUUUCCCAAUCUCCCCAAAGAGAUCCAGGACCUGAUUUGGAAUGCCGCUGUGCGCCCUAUUCCAGGCACGCGGCAUGUGCACCGGUUCAUGGUCUUGGGGUCUCAGGAGCCAGACCACAGUUUCUCAGGCCAUCUUCUAGAUUUUACACGGUUUGGCAUCACUUCUACGGAAGAUUGCAACUUGAAUGAUCAAAAAGAGGAUGAGGUGGAUUCAUCUGGUGAACAGAGCGGCUUGACCGAAGAAGAGAAGGAAGAUGUUGUCUCACAUGAGGUGGCUCCGUCCAAGACACUGGUUCCUGGUUGCUGUUACCUCGCCAUACCACAUGACGCCUUGGACGGUGGUCCUAACGACUCUGUCUACGCUCUAGAUAGUGGCCUUUGGACGGCCUGCAAGGCCUCGCGGGCCGCCAUGGAAAAGUACUUCACGAAGAACGAGUGGUGGUCAGAGGCUGAAUGCGAAAAUGCCCCAAAGCGGCUCGCGACCUGCGGCGACUACAACCAAGAGAGGGGUGUUACUCACACGGCGUCGUACAAGAACAGCGACGCUUGCAUGGAAGAGUCCGAGGAUGGGGAUUUGGUGCCAAACCCCAGCUUCCUGGGACCCAACAUCGCCAUCGACUAUGACCCCUAUAUGUUCGAUCAAUGGCUCCCAGCCAGCACGCACCUUAGACGACCAGACGUGAAGUGGAACGCCAUGGGUCUGAGCCACAUGAUGGAGCUAUUCCACCACCAGGCAAAGAGAACGCUGUGGUUCAUUGACUACAGACUUCGAUCCAUUGAUUCACAUUACGCAAGCCGUGAGAUCUUGUCUGGAGAGUCUGUGCUGCGUUCAUCUGACGGUCAGGAGCGAGCAAUCUUUCGCUCCAACGAACUGGUGCUCAUCGAGGUGAAGCCGGAUGACAGGGAUAAGUGGUACAUGGACACAUCGAGCUACGAGUCACGAGGCGCCAGGUACACAGCAUUCGACUUCUUUAGGCUGUUGGCCAGGUCUGGAUAUGGGAACUUGGAGAUAGAUGGGUUUCGUCGACUGCGAGUUCUGGCGUGUCAGGCUGCGCCGGGCAAGACCCUUCGGCCAAGGCUGUCGGACGCGGUUGUAUGCCCAAGAGAUUCGUCGUGCAAGGUUUGCGGUCAGGCAGAUUCAUGGUGCUUAGUCGUAAAUAAGUCGGCGGAGGCAAAGGCAGCUGGAUAG